GAGGGUUGUGUAUGGAGCGGUGGUGUUGGGGGUUAGUAUGUAGUGGAGGAGCUCAUAGGGAGGCUGAUUCUGAUCUGGAGAAAAAUAGCAGAUAAAGUGUUGUGAGAAAUGUCUGGUCAGACUGAAGUCGAUCUCGGGCCGAUGAAGAAGAUCAGCUCAAUGUUCUCCUCCCUGCAGGAGAAACUCCAGAAAGACAGAGAGAAGAAAGUAAUACCCCCCCAGUCAGCACCUCCACCUAAAGCUCCACCACACCCGGACAGUACACACAAACCUGUGCAGUCGUUCUUCUUCGAGCGGCUGGUGGUGGUGAGUCUGAAGAGGAGGAAGGAUGAAGGUUACGAGCCGCAUAUCACCUACCAGUUCCCCACAGCCACCAGCAGAUCCCAGAAAGAGGAGGAGGAGAAGAGCCUGAAAGCCAUCACACUCUUCUGCUUCCCUGAGGGGGUCAACUGGGCCCCCCUCACAGAGUACCACAGUGAAACAUUCUCCUUUGUUCUGACUGAGAUUGACGGGAGCAGGAGAAACGGAUACUGCAGACGCCUGCUGCCACAUGGUAAUGGAGCACGCCCCCCGGAGGCGUACUGCAUCCUCAGCAAGGUGGCCUGCUUCGGCCUCUUUUCCAAGAUCUUCGAUGAGGUGGAAAAGAGGAGGCAGAUCUCCAGAGCUAUGAUCUACCCCUUUAUGCAGAGCCUGAGGGAGGCGCCGUUUCCUGCACCAGGAAACACGGUCAACAUUAAGAGCUUCAUCCCUGGGUCUGGAACAGAGAUAAUCAGUCUGACUCGGCCGCUGGACUCGUGGCUGGAACACGUAGAUUUCCGCACGCUGUUUCGAUGCUUAACGGAUGAGGAGGUUCUGCAGGUGUUUGCUGCCACAGUACUGGAGAGACGAAUCAUCUUUAUCGCAGAGGAGCUCAGUACUCUUUCUCAGGUGCUCCACGCUGUAGCUGCACUGCUGUACCCGUUCCUCUGGCAGCACACCUUCAUCUCCAUUGUUCCACAAGUGCUGCUGGACGUUUACCUGGCACCAACUCCGUACCUGCUGGGCAUCCAGAGCAACCUCCUGCACCACGUCACUGAUCACACUGAUCUGCUUAUCGUGGAUCUUUCCGCACAAACGGGGAACAAGUUCAUCUCCAAAAUUGGAGAUGAGGAUAUGCUAAUUCCAGACAAACUGCAGGAGGAGCUGCUGCAGGCGCUGUGCAUGAGGAGACACGACGCAACCACAGAUGAGCUGAAUCAGGUGGUCUCAGAGGCCUUCGUGACCUUCUUCGUAAAGACGGUGGGUCAUUUCGCGGAUCACAUUAAGAAGUCCAGGGACCGCGAGCAGCCUGGGGCGUUCCAGAAGAAGGCGUUUCUGAAGGCGGUGGAACCAAAAAGCAGCAGAAACUUCGUUAAACAGUUUGUUCAGACGCAGAUGUUCGAUCUGCUGAUCCAGGAACAGGAGAAACAGCCCAACCAUGAAGGUUUCUUCCAUAAGAAAGUGGCGGAGUAUCGAGAGAAGAGGAAGAGAGAGAGAGCGAAGAGCGGCUGGGUGAAGGGGGUGGUGGUCUGAAGACUAGAAAAAGAGUGUGUGUGUGUGUGUGUGUUAUGUUUUAUUUGUGAUGAAUAGUGCUUGUUUGUGUGUGAGACAUUUUUUAAGCCACUAAACCUGUAUGAGUGUGUUAAUAUAUGUGUGUGUGUGUGUGUGUGUGUGUGU